GGUUAGUCUAGUUCUUCCGAUGGGACGGCGAUUAGCCUCGGCGAUCGCGGGCCCCUCGGCCCCCUUCUUGUAUGCUUUUUUUUCUUCUUUGUUUCUGUAAGACAGCGUCUAUACCAGAGCAAACCUGUCUUUUGGUCCCAUAAUCUAUUUUUCUCUUUUUUCCUCCCCUUUUUUCGCAUUGUUUGAAGACACAAAUAACCUCGAUCGACAAAGGCCAACUGCUGCCCCACUCUAAUCUACUGGCCUCCUGAGUCCUGACCUCGAAACUUCUUCCCAUUGCUCUACUCCAGGAUGGCGCGCACGCGAUUUGCUCUCGUCACAGGAUGCGGCCAAGGUGGAAUCGGCGAGGCGCUGGUCACCGAGUAUACCCGCCGCGGCCUCCACGCCAUUGCCACGGUUCUUCCUCAGGAAUCCAGUGACCACCUUACCAACGCUGGAAUCACCGUCUUCCCGCUCGAUGUCACCGCCGAAAAAUCCGUCGAGGACCUGAAGGCCAGCAUCAACAAGUUGACCGGGGGCCAUCUUGAUGUCCUGGUGAACUGCGCUGGUAUAGCUUACACCAUGACCGCCAUCGACACUGACGUUGCUGCCGUGAAGCGCAUGUUCGAGGUCAAUGUCUUCGGGCCAAUGCGCAUGGUGCAUCACUUUCACGACAUGCUCAUUAAAAGCGAAGGAUGCAUAGUGAACAUUGGUUCCAUUGGCGGUGUCAUUCCCUAUUUGUACGGAUCUUCCUACAAUGCCACAAAGGCGGCCCUCCAACACUGGUCCAGUACUUUGCGUGUUGAAAUGGCCCCAUUGAAUGUCAGGGUCAUCACGGUCAUCUCCGGAGAAGUCAGUACCAAUAUUCUGAAGAACGAUGCCCAUAGACAGCUCCCGGAAGGAUCCUACUAUGCCCCCCUCGCGGAGAACUUCAGACAACACGUCACACGAACGGCCGUGGGCGCCACCGAUCGCUUCCAGUACGCGACCAACGUUGUUGCGCAGAGCCUGAAAGCGUCCACGCCAGCAUGGUACUGGUACGGCAGCCACACCGGCAUGAUUCGCUUCCUUGAUACGUUUGGUUGGCGCACCAUUUGGGACUCCAUGCUAUGGAAGAUGUUUGACUUGGCCAAGUUGAAGCAGGCUCAUGCCGCUCGGACUAACAAGGAUGCUCGCCUGACUCAGUAGAUUCUUGCGUACAUGUAGAGAAAAUAGAUGAUAGUUACAUAUGAC